UCUUCUGAAAAGGCAGUGUCUUAUCUCGCAAGUUCAAGUCCCGAGGACUUGUCCAGUCUCCCUUUAAGUCAUUUCCACCAUCUUCCGGCAAGCCGCUGGAAUUCGGGAGCUCUGGACCGCUCGUACCAGUGCCAGCGCGGGCAGUCCAAGUCGGUCCGGCUCGGCAGCCCGGCGCGGCAGCCCGGCGCAUUCGCCUCUCUCCUUCCCUCCUUUUCUUCCUCUCUUCCUCUCUUUCCUCCUCUACUUUCCCCUCCCUUUCUUGCCUCUUAAGUUUCCUGCACCGUGAAUCCAACUGUGCCAAGCCUAGGUUCCCGCGAACCAAUCCUGAGCGCGACCCGGGCACUGGGACGCCGACUCCACCGAGGCUGGACAAGGCUGCUGGACCCGUCCUCUACCGAGCAUGGAGACGGAGCGCCAGGGAGGGCACGUCCGGGGCGCUGGAGACGCCAGGCCCGAGUAGCUCCUCCAUGGAGCCUGUCCAGAGCGGUCCCUGCUCGCCGGAUUCGCCCCCAGUUCAGUGCGGCUGCUGAGAGCGCUCUUUGCUCUGUAAAGUGGAUGUCAGGUGGAUCUAUGUGUCUGAAGGAACAAAGACUCAGCGAAGGCACCGCCAAGGAAGUUUGAGACGCGGGAGGAUGCAGGCUGCGUGCUGGUACGUGCUUCUCCUCCUGCAGCCCACCGUCUACUUGGUCACAUGUGCCAAUUUAACAAACGGUGGGAAGUCAGAACUUCUGAAAUCAGGAAGCAGCAAAUCCACAUUAAAGCAUAUAUGGACAGAAAGCAGCAAAGACUUAUCUAUCAGCCGACUCCUGUCACAGACUUUUCGUGGCAAAGAAAAUGACACAGAUUUGGACCUGCGAUAUGACACCCCAGAACCUUAUUCUGAGCAAGAUCUCUGGGACUGGCUGAGGAACUCCACAGAUCUUCAAGAGCCUCGGCCCAGGGCUAAGAGAAGGCCCAUUGUUAAGACGGGCAAGUUUAAGAAAAUGUUUGGAUGGGGUGAUUUUCAUUCCAACAUCAAAACAGUGAAGCUAAACCUGUUGAUAACUGGGAAAAUUGUAGAUCACGGCAAUGGGACAUUUAGCGUUUACUUCAGGCAUAAUUCCACUGGUCAAGGGAAUGUAUCAGUCAGUUUGGUGCCCCCAACGAAAAUCGUGGAAUUCGACUUGGCACAACAAACCGUGAUUGAUGCCAAAGAUUCCAAGUCCUUUAACUGUCGUAUUGAAUAUGAAAAGGUUGACAAGGCUACCAAGAACACACUCUGCAACUAUGACCCUUCAAAAACCUGUUACCAGGAGCAGACCCAAAGUCAUGUAUCCUGGCUCUGCUCCAAGCCCUUUAAGGUGAUCUGUAUUUACAUUUCCUUUUAUAGUACAGAUUAUAAACUAGUACAGAAAGUGUGCCCUGACUACAACUACCACAGUGACACACCAUACUUCCCCUCAGGAUGAGGAUGGACAAGGGGGUGAGACUGAAGUCUGAGGAAUCAAAGGUCAUAUGACAGGGCUGUUACCUCAAAGAAGAUGGUCACAUCUGUUGCCUGGAAUGUGUCUACACUGCUACUCUCGUCAACUGGCUGCAAAUACACUAGUGGAAAACAAUCCGAUGUAAUUUCUGCCCAGUCAGCUUCAUCUCUCAGUAUAGUUGUAAAUCACCACAGAUUUUAAAGUCACAUUUUGAAGACAUGCUCUCACAUAUAGAGGUACACGAACACACACUCAUGUACAUUUCAGCUUGCAUCUAUCAUGAUUCCUGUGGAGAGGGCUUUCAUUAUCCGGCACAUCAUGGUUCAGGAUAAACUAUCAUGAAACGAAAGCAUUAACUAGACAGAGAAUGUUUCUAACACUUGCUGUUACGGAAAUCUCUUUAAAGUCCUGAGUACGUGCUAAUCAAUAAUCCCCAUUCAUGCAUUUUUACUGCUUGGAGUAGCUGUACUGGUAAAUACUACUGUAGGAGUAUAUGCUUGUUAAAAUGGAAAAAAAAAAUGUGUCUUUAGAGCUCAGUAUUCUUUAUUUUAUGAACACAACAAAGUGUAGUAACUUUUUUCCAGCAUACAGUAGGCACAUUCAAGGGGAUACAAGAUGGCUUUUUUUUUCUUUUUCUAUGGAGGGAGCCUAUUCUCGGUAAAGAUGAGCAAACAUUUGGAAUUUACAUGUGGGUUGAUAUUGGGAUUAUAACUUUCAUCACCAGUCAUUGGACUUUAGUGAAGUCAGACCAGCUAAGACCGCUUAAAACAGUUCUGAUCAUUAUGUAAGAAGGGAAAUGCCUGGCAGACACCAUGUAAGUUAUAAGUGUCUGUCUUAUCUUUACUACACAUAUUGUAACAAAUCCAAUAUCCUAGUCUUCAUUUGUAUGAAUGGUUUGUAUUGUACAUAGUUUAACCAAGUGUUAUUUGAGCUGCUUAUUAAUAUUAAAUUGUACUUGUCUCUCUGCUUGUUAUUGGUUAAACAAGAAAAAGGAUAUGAGGAAUCCAUUUUAUCAAUGUAGCUGUGAACUCCAUUAAAAAGAUGAACUUAAUGUACAAAGCAUUUACUCAGCUCAAGUAUUAUUGAAAGCUAUACAUAUAGAACAUUACAGUCUGUCUGUAUUUAGAUAUUUUA